UGGGAUCGUAGCUUCCGGUAUUGAGCAGCAGUAGUAUGGCAGUUGCGCGCAAAAGUCUGUUUAUUUACGUGCUGUCGAUGAUUAAUUGAUCGCGUACCCGCGUCCACGAGCGAUAUCUACUGAGCGACGAUCGUAACAGCGGGUUCGGUAUGGUGCUCGCGUGACAGAGAGUCAAAAACACGGAAACCGAACGGAUGGAAAUGUGGUGAUCGUCGACGGACAACACGGCUCUGGCUGGCUGUCGUCAUUAUCGUUCUAACCUAAUUUUGCUGUAACAUCCUACCAUCGUUCUGGAAUUUUCCGACGGACUGUCAACGUUUGUUUGCCAACAGUGGUUCGGCACGAUGCCAUGUUCCUGCGAGCAUUGAGCACAGAAACGUGCAAAACUGUGAGCAUGGCUGACGAGGUGCUGCCGGCGAGUUUGGAGAAGCUCGAGAUUGAUCGACUCUCGACGAGUUGUCCCCAUAUAACGACAGCUGAUAAAACAAAGUCAUCGAACCCGUUUAGAAGUACAAGCAAAAGCAUUGGGUCCGAUUGUAGUUACUUGUUUCAAAGGAAAUCGAUGCCCAGUAGGCCAAGCUUAUCCGAAAUCAGCCCCAGAGGUGUGAAAAGCACAACGAAUUUCAAACCAUCAAAGAAUGAAAGAGUACUCGAUAAGAAUAAGAAUUCAAUAAUCAAAGAGGCUGUCUUAAAGUUAAACGAUACUGGCACUACUUGUCUUAGUGAUAGUCUAACGAGUACGUUGUUUAAGGAAACUUGUAAGUGUAGUGUUGCUUGGAAGAACAAGAAGGUCUUCGGUCAUUGGUCUGUAGCGAAGGAUUUUAAAACGCUGAACAUUAGUCAGGAGAACAGGCAGGCCAAGGACGAUACUAGCAUCCAAGACAAUUACCAAGCGAGUAGUUUUCAACGGGCACGUAGUAAUACGAUGCCCAGUUUGAAGAGAGGGCCUGGUCCCAGCAGAACUAGCGGUACCGUCCAAUCAGACUCUACCAGCAGUUCCACUGGUCAACCUUCAACUUCAAACACAUGUUCUGUACAAGCGAGAAUGUCUCCGCCUUCGUGCGACGUCACCAUCGAUGAACUUGCCAGUUACUUCGAGGAGUUUGUUCAUAUCCCAAAGAAGAUGUCGCACAUGGCAGAAAUGAUGUAUAUUUAAUUGUAAUGAACUGGAUUUAACUGGCAGAUUUCUUACACAGUUUUUCAAAGGACUAGCAUUGCAGCGUUCCUGCAUGAGAAACAAGUCUAAAUACUAUAUGUUUGCUACAAGAAAACCAAUUCAAUUUGGUACCUAAAUUAUAUAUAAUACAAAAAGCUCCAAAAAAACACUCAAGAAAGGAACAAAGACGUCUUUGUAGAAAGUAUUAAAAAAGAAACAAAUCUAUUAAAAUGAUUCGAUUUCGAGAUCGUUUUAAAGAACGUGAUAAGAAAGAAAAAAAAAACGCGCGAAGAUAAUAAAACAAAAUGUACGGAUUUGUUUUCGUUUCCAGAAAAAAAUAUCGUUUGUAACAACUAAUCAUUGAGUUAAUCUUUAACGAACAAAAAGAAAAGUAAAUUUAAUAAUCUUUAUUUACAAAUUUUUGUAUUGCGAGAAUGAGAGAUUGGUACUAGAAUAAAUUUCUUGAAAUUAA